AUGACGUCAGAUAAGCGCUACAUUUCUUCAAGUGGAGAAGAAGAAGACGAUGUUCUAUUAUCUCAAACAAAGAGAAGAAAACUAAAGGGUAAUGGAACUAGUAAUAGUAAACGAGUAGUCAAGGAUUCAAGUGAUUCUGAUUCUGGUUCUAAUUCCGAAGAUUACGAUAGUGAAACUGUAUUAUCCCAGGUAUCUGAAAACCAAAACAACAAGAAAGUUAAAAGUGAAGAUGAAGAUGGAGAUGGUGUAGAUUAUCACGACGACGAAGAGGAUGAAGAGGAUGAAAGUGAUGGCGAAUAUGAUGAUGAUGAUGAUGAUGAACCAUUAAAUGGGAAAGCCAAUAAUAAAAACACAAAACAGACAAAGGCAAAAACGAAGACAAAUACGAAACCAAAGACAACUACAAGUACGAAGAAAACAAAGGAAAAACCAAAGGCUAAGACGAAUACAAAAACAUCAACAGCCCAGUCCAAAUCUAAGAAGAACGCGUCAACAAAAUCACCAUCUACAAAGAAAAAGCAAACUAAAGUAAAAGAAGAGGAGGAGGAAAAAGAAGAUUCUACCAAGAGUGAAGAUGCCGAAGCUGAUGUUGAUGCCGAAGCGGAAGAAAAUUAUAAAUGGUGGGAAAAGGAAAAAGAUGAUGAUACCGUCAAAUGGACAACUUUAAAACAUAAUGGUGUUAUUUUCCCUCCAACAUAUGAGCCAUUACCAUCUCAUAUUAAAAUGUAUUAUAAUGGUAAACCUGUUGAUUUACCUCCACAGGCUGAAGAGGUUGCUGGAUUUUUCGCAGCUCUUUUACAAUCCGAUCAUGCUAAAAAUACUGUUUUCCAAAGUAAUUUCUUUAACGAUUUUAUUGAAGUGCUGAAUGAAAAUGGUGGUACUAAGAACGGUAUCAAUAUUGAAUCAUUUGAUAAAUGUGAUUUUACAAAAAUGUUUGAAUUUUUCGAAAUGCAAAAGGAACAGAGAAAACAAUUAAGCCCACAAGAGAAAAAACAAUUAAGAAUGGAAAGGGAAAAGUUUGAAGAACCCUUUAAAUACUGUGAAUUAGAUGGUCGUAAAGAACAAGUUGGUAAUUUCAAAAUCGAACCACCAGGUUUAUUUAGAGGUCGUGGUGCACAUCCAAAGACAGGUAAAUUAAAACGUAGAGUUUAUCCUGAAGAUGUCGUUUUAAAUUUAGAUAAAGAUGCAACAAUUCCACCACUACCAGAGGGCCAAAAAUGGGGGGAGAUCAGACAUGACAAUACGGUUCAAUGGCUAGCCAUGUGGAGAGAAAAUAUUUCAAAUUCUUUCAAAUAUGUUAGAUUUGCAGCCAAUUCUUCAUUAAAUGGUCAAAGUGAUUUUAAAAAGUUUGAGAAAUCACGCCAAUUAAAAUACCAUAUUGAUGCGAUUAGGAAAGAUUAUAAUAAAAAUUUAAAAAAUAAGGUAAUGCUAGAACGUCAAAAAGCUGUUGCCAUUUAUUUAAUUGACGUCUUUGCCUUAAGAGCAGGUGGUGAAAAAGCUGAUGACGAAGCUGAUACUGUAGGUUGUUGUUCACUAAGAUACGAACAUGUCACUUUAAAACCUCCAAAUAAAGUUAUCUUUGAUUUUUUGGGUAAGGAUUCUAUUAGGUUUUAUCAAGAAGUCGAAGUUGAUCCACAAGUUUUCAAAAAUUUGACCAUUUUCAAGAGACCACCAAAGCAACCUGGUCAUCAACUUUUUGAUCGUUUAGAUCCUUCAGUUUUAAACAAACACCUACAACAUUACAUGCAGGGUCUAACGGCUAAGGUUUUCCGUACUUAUAAUGCAUCCAAAACGAUGCAAGAUCAGUUAGAUCUAAUAAAAAAUGAAGGUUCAGUCGCUGAGAAGAUUCUAAAGUAUAAUGCAGCUAAUAGAACGGUGGCCAUCUUGUGUAACCAUCAAAGAUCCGUGGCAAAAACUCAUGCACAAUCUGUCCAAAAGGCAAGUGAUAAGAUUGAAGAAUUAGAAUGGCAGAAAGUUAGAUUGAAAAGAGCCAUCUUACAACUUGAUAAAAAUGAACGUAAGAAAAGACCAAAGUUUUUCGAGGAAAUUGAUGAUUUCCGUAAGGAAGUGGAAGCAUCUAUUCAUGAGAGAAUCAUUGAAAGGGAAAUCGAUAAAUGCCAUAAAAAAUUUGCAAGAGAAAAUGAUAAGAAGAGAUUUGAAAAGCAAGAACUAUUAGAUGAAUCGGUUUUGAAAGAAUGGUUAGAAAAAGUUGAAGAAUUAAGACAGCAGUACGCCAGAGAAUUGAAAACAAGCGUUACUGAAGUGAAAAGUUCUUCAAACAGCAUAGAAAAAUUAGAAAAACAGAUAGAAAAACUGGAUCAAAGAAUCGAAACUAGUUCCAUUCAAUUAAGAGAUAAAGAAGAAAAUUCUCAAGUUUCAUUGGGUACUUCCAAAAUUAAUUAUAUUGAUCCCAGGUUGUCAGUCGUAUUUUGUAAAAAAUACGGUGUCCCCAUCGAAAGAAUCUUCACCAAAUCGUUAAGAGAAAAAUUCAAAUGGGCAAUUGAAUCUGCAGAUGAAAACUGGAGAUUUUAA